GUAGUGUAAGUACAAAAGGCCUGGCGCAAUGGGUUGCAACACAAGUCAGGAGUUGCCGACCUACAACUCCCAGAUAGAUAGCAACAACGUUGAUCAACGAGACGAGCUUGCGGAAAUAUUAGACGGGGAUGUCGAACAAGUCGAAGCAGCAGCUACAAAGAUCCAAGCAGUGUUCCGCGGUCAUCAGGUGCGAACAAAAAUGAAGCAAGAAGACGUUAACGGAAGUCAACCGCAGCAAAACUCGGGUGCGGACGGUGAGCGGGAACCGACCAAGCAGGAACUGGAGGCCGAGUUUGAUCCCAACGACGAAGAGCUCACCCACGCAGCCACCCGGAUUCAAGCGUGUUUCAGAGGGCACAUGUCUCGGAAAGAUGGCACUGGUAAGAAGGAUGAGGGAGACGACAAGAAAGAAGAAGUCGAUAUUGACGAGCUAACUAAAAAGGUGGCUGAGGAACUGGAUAUCGAUAUGGACGAUCCAGAGUUGCACAAAGCAGCCAGCAAAAUCCAAGCAUCGUUCCGUGGUCAUAAAGUUCGCAAGGAUGUACCAGUCAAGACGGACGGCAAAUAGAUCGUCAAACUAUAAAAAUAACCUUUAACUAAAAUAUUUUUGGAAUAAUGAAAACACUACAUACACAAUUUGACAUAAUUAAAAAAAGACAUUAAACAGCCCACCAUUGGGGACGAAAUAAGAAAACGUCUAAAAUAGUGUUGAAACAGUACUGUUGUUAUGAUUUUAUAACUUUUAUCAGAAAAAUAUCGUACGAGGGUAGCACUGAGAUACAGAUAGUUGAGUAAUUACAAAAAACGUCUUUAUUCUUUGCGAAUGAAUAGUGCACCACUUUCCCACAAAUAUCACAGAAAAUUGAACAAAAAACGCCAAGAUACACACAUCACGUAUCUUUUGGCAUAACAUGAAAUAAUUGAAUUGAUUAGCUGGUACACUUGAAUCUGUAUUAGUCAUUAAUUUCAUAGCGAAAGAUAUGAAUAGAAAAAAAACUACACGUCAUAGGAAUGCGAAAAACUUAAUCCACGAAACAAAAUUUCACGUUCUAAGCAGUAAUUGGUAAUAUCAACAGAAAUGUGGUGAAACAACUAAAGUAAAGGCUAGAAGUAAUAUAUGCAUGAAUAAAAUGAGCUUUAAAUCCCGAUAAAAAUAAAA